CGUGCACGCGGACGCGGGCGCGGGCGGAGAGGAGGAGCGGCAGCCGUUGCGGGCCGGCCCGCGGGGCUGAGGCCGAGCCGAGCAGGGCCCGCGCCCCGGCCGGGCGCCCACCAUGCGGCGGCUGCGGCGCCUGGCGCACCUGGUGCUCUUCUGCCCCUGCUCCAAGGGUCUGCAGGGCCGGCUCCCGGGCCUCAGGGUCAAGUACGUCUUCCUGGUCUGGUUGAUCGUCUUUGCGGGCAGCUGGAUGGCAUAUGUGCACUACUCGACAUACGUGGAGCUCUGCCGCGGGCACGUCUGCCGGGUGGUCAUCUGUGACCAGUACCACAAGGGCAUCAUCUCCGGGUCCAUCUGCCAGGACCUGUGCCGCCUGCGCCAGGUGGAAUGGGGGGCCUGCCUUUCCUCUGUCCCAGGCCAGCAGGUGUACAGCGGGCUCUGGCAGGGCAAGGCGGUGACCAUCAAGUGCGGCAUCGAGGAGGGCCUGCGAUCCCAGGCUGGCUCAGACACCGUCCCCGGGAGGGAGCUGGUGCUGUUUGACAAGCCUACUCGGGGCACCUCGAUUAAGGAGUUCCGGGAGAUGACCCUCAGCUUUCUCAAGGUGAACCUGGGAGACCUGCCCUCCCUGCCUGCUCUGGUUGGACAGGUCCUGCUCAUGGCUGAUGUCAACAAGGAUGGCAGGGUGUCCCUGGCGGAGGCCAAGUCGGUGUGGGCCCUGCUGCAGCGCACGGAGUUCCUGCUAUUACUGUCUCUGCAGAAGGACCAUGCCCCCAGGCUGCUGGGCUACUGUGGUGACCUGUAUGUCACCGAGGCUGUCCCGCACAGCUCCUGGCCCGGGGCUGCGCUGCCACCCCUCCUGCGCCCACUGCUGCCCCCAGCCCUCCAGCAGUGGCUGGGGCCUGCGUGGCCCUGGCGGGCCAAGAUCGCCUUGGGGCUGCUGGAGUUUGUGGAGGAGCUCUUCCACGGCUCCUACGGGAACUUUUACAUGUGUGAGACCACGCUGGCCAAUGUGGGCUACACGGCCAAGCACGACUUCAGGAUGGCUGACCUGCAGCAGGUGGCACCUGAGGCCACAGUGCGCCGCUUCCUGCGGGGCCGCCGCUGCGAGCACAGUGCCGACUGCACGUUUGGCCGCGACUGCCGGGCCCCCUGCGACAAGCUCCUGCGGCAGUGCAAGGGUGACCUCAUCCAGCCAAAUCUGGCCAAGGUGUGUGAGCUGCUGCGGGACUACCUGCUGCCCGGCGCCCCCACCGAACUGCAGGAGGAGCUGGGCAGGCAGCUGCGUACCUGCACCACGCUGAGUGGGCGGGCCAACCAGGUGGAGGCCCACCACGCCCUGGUGCUGAGCCAGCUCAAGGCCCUGCUCUGGAAGAAGAUCUCCCACACCCAGUACUCCUGACCCCAGCCCUGUGGGCUGCCCGUGCCUGGAGGCUCUUGCCUUUGUGUCCCUGUCCCCCCAAGCACUCCCAACAACUGGACCCUUCUCUGGAAAGAGGCAAGGAUCUGGGCCUCAACACCAAGGGCUGGCCAGGUGCCCACCCUGCCAAGCUGGGUUCUACUACUGAGGAACUUAGGAUGUAAAUAAACAGCUUUUCUGUGAGUGCCAAGUGCCUUGCCCAGCCCUGCCAUCCACACUGCCCAGUGGCGAGGCCCUCAGCAGGCAUUCUGGAGAGCCUCGCCUGACCCUCCGGCUCCCAGAGCCAUUCUGGUGGAUGGAGGUGGGAGACAGGGUGUGGGCGCCAGCCUUCAUCCCUGGUUUCUGCAGUGACCGACGAGCAGCCACACCCGGACUGCAGCAGGGUUCCGUGACCGUGUGCUGGCUGUGGGCCAGCAGGACAGUGGAGUGCCUCUGCACAAAACCAUCCAGGCUGACCUUGUUCUUUAACUCAUUUUAAUGAACUUCUAGGUACAGUCUGUUAUCUGGGAAAGAGCCAAGCAUUUCCUCUCUUCUGCCCCGACCCACAACAGGAAGCUGUGCUCCCUGGAGCCUGGCCCCCUUCCCUGGAGCUGGCACGUUGAGAGUGCCCACAUUCCAACCUGCCCUGCCCAAUGAGGUGCACAACCCCCCACAUGGCUUCUCUAAAAACCUUUUGCCUAAAACACACACUGUAAAAUCUCAACUAUUACACCAUAUUCCCAGUAUUCCUAAACUCCAAAUAUAUUAAAAUGAUUUUCCCAUCUA